GGGAUUUUAGGGUAGUCUCUCUCCUUUAGUGCUGAGCUAUGGCGGAAGAAUGCGUGAGCGCGGCAUGGAGCCGCUCCAUUCGUCGCGGGAUCUUCGAUGCGACCGCGUGAAAGCGUCCGGCGCUCGAUCCGCACGGCCGGCUCGUGAAAUGUAGUGUUCCAGGGGGGUAUUUCUCGAAUCAGCAACGCUGUGUGGCGUGCUAGAGAUGAAGUCAUGGAAGAAGAUCAAGGAGCUCGCUCGAUUCAAGGAGAAAUCGUCGCCGGCGGCGGCUCUGGAGCCGACACAGGAUAUCGAGGAGAUCACGAGGGGCAUGCAGGAUGUUUGCUACAUGAAGAAUCAGUACGAAGGGUUACACGCGGUUUCUUCUCGUGUCGCGGGUCGCGCUUAUGGCUUUUCCGAAGCCAUCCAAGAGAUGGCUGCAUUUUUGGUGGAGUCCUUUGCUCUGGACAACAACGGAGAUAUCAAUACAGCUUUCAAGGAAGUCAGCAAGACACAGUCUGAGCUAUCAAGGCUUCUCCAUCUUUAUGCUUUCCACGUCUCUGAAACGCUGAAGGUCCCAGCGGAAGGCUUGCUCAGCGAGCUCGGUCACAUUGAGGAAACGAAGAAAGAAUACGACGAAAAGAGGAUUUUGUUCGAUCACAUGAGGCUACGAAAAUCCAGAGCCAAGAAUGUGAAAGCCGAAGCGCAGAUUGAGCAACAACUGCAAGAGUCCAAGGAGCAAUUUGACGAGCUGGCCAUGUUUCUGGGAUGCCGUCUUCACUCCCUGGAGCAAAGUCGUCCUCGACACCUUCUCACGCAAGCUGCUCGGCAUCACUCAGCUCAGAUGCACUUGUUUAGACAAGGCCUUGGUUGCCUAGACGAUGCCGACCCUUGCAUAAGUCGGAUAGUGCAAGAACGUAAUCUAGAUACCUCGUUGGACUAUCUGGAUGGAGGGGAGAAUGAUGCAUUCUUUAAGACCAAGGAUGCUACCGAAGAGUCCGACCAGUCGAGUUCUUUAGAGCAAGAGGAGACCAGUCCAAAGCACUGUAGCAUUGCGUAUGAGACACACACGGGCAGCAGAUCGGCUCCACUCUCCCCGGUUAGAUUCGCAGAGGCAAACGGUGUAAAUAGCAUCCACGAAGUCAUGCUGGACGGGGUGUCCAACAAGAAGGCGCCGAUCUUCUCGAGAACAAACUCAUGGCUGCGGAGGAAAGGCAGCCGCGAUCCAGGCGUCUUACAUCUCUACAGGCCAACACAAACUUCUUCGUCAGCUCCCAACACACAAGAACACUCCACAGCACCGCCGAUGUACUCGGUCACAGAGCCAACGGGAUCUCCAUCGCCAUCGUGGAUACCAAGCCCGGAUCUCUCCAAAGCUCGCCGUCCCUCGCCUCCCCAGCAGCAGCAGCACAAGAAGCUAAGUACGUUCCCAAGCUUUCCUCGUCGCUUCCAAUCGGGUCCUCUGGCUUCCACAGCAUCGUCCAAGCCGAGGAGGCUCAUCCCCAGCAGCGGCCCUCUCACGCAGCCGCCGCCUCCGUGCGUGACGCUCCCAGUCGACCCCUUGUACAAAUCCGGGCCUCUCACUCCAACUCCAAAGAUGUCCCCGACGGUCUCUCCCACCGCUGCGUCGCCACCUCGAGUCAGCGAGCUCCACAAGCUUCCUCCUCCGCCUCUAGCGUCCUCCACCUUGUCGCCAUCGCCGGCUCCUUGCACCAAGCUCGCCGCUGGCAGCGUUUCUUACUCGGCUCCACUGUCUAGGCCGCCGCAGAUCCAGAUCCAUCAGCAGCAGCAGCAGCAGGGAACUCAGCAUCAAUCGUUGUCUGCGGCGGUUCAUCAUCAUCAUCACCACCACCACCACCACCACUCAUCGCAGGCUUCUCCUCUCCCGCCACCCCCGCUCGCACAGGCUCCAUCGCCAGCUUCCAAGAGCCAUAACAAAUGUGUUCGGAAGAAUGAGAGAGUUUCUCCAUUGCCACUCUAGAUAUACAAAGAUUAAAAAAAAAACACAUAGUUUCAAAGCAGGCAAUCUAAUCGCUUUUGAACAACAAAAUGAAUCUCAUAAAGUAUAAUAAAAUAAAAGCAUAGUCA